AGCUCUGGUGUUAGAGAGAAACAACAGUCGAGUCGUUUUAACAAAGGAGGAAAAGGGAGAAUAACGAAAUCAAGUCUUAUUCUAAAAGAAUCCAUUGGAAAAGGUAAUCAUCUAUAAGAGAGGACUAUCGUUGAACGAGAAGAUGGCCGAGAAAACUUCAUCUUCGCCGGUCGUAAUAGCAGGCUCAGGUACUGGUAGUUCAGCGAAUCAACAAACUAAUACGAGUACAUCUACAACGAGGAAGAAUACGGUACCGAAGGCUAAGAAGCCACGUAGCAAACCUACCCAUCCACGUACACCGGAUAUGGUGACCGCAGCUAUAAAGGCUUUGAAGGAACGUAAUGGGUCAUCUCUUCAAGCUAUCAAAAAAUAUAUGUCCACGACGUACAAACUCGACGUAGAGAAGCAUGCACCUUUUAUAAAGAAAUAUUUGAAGAGUGCAGUAGCAUCCGGGACAUUGGUACAGACUAAGGGAAAAGGUGCGGCAGGUUCUUUCAGAUUGGCCUCGUUGAAAAGCGAAACGACCAAGUCCAAGUCUAAACAGUCGGGGACUAGUAGUAAGAAACAAGUGGCGAAGAAACGAGCGAAUACGAAGAAAACAACGUCAACGAGUUCGAAAAAGACGAGUACCGUUGCGGUUCCUGGUACGGCAACGAGCAUCGCGACAUCAGGAACAACAACGGCGACAACAGCGGCGGCAGCAGCAGCGACGGCAGCAGCAAUAGCAGCGACGACGAAUGUGGCGACACAGGCAACGACAACGACAACGUCAGGUAAAAAAUCACCGGUGAAGAAAGCCGCGAUAACAGCGGCGGUCAAUGAAAAGCGUAAAACGGCGAAAGGUCCAGCCGCUAAACCACCGAAAGCUAAGAGCGCCGUUCACCAAGUACAAAUUUGGUCGAAAUCUAAAGUCACCGCCAAAGCGACCCCGAAAAAACAAGGAGUAAAAAAGUCAACGACUCCAGCUAAACCAAAGAAAGCAACUACGAAGAAGGUAGCAGCUAAGAAAAAGACCAUCGCGCGUUCCUAAUAAAACGCAAGGAAAAACACGCAAGUUGAUACUACGGUGCGAUUUGUACUUUGAAUAUGGCGCCGUUCCCGUUCAAAAGCCCGGCGGCGGAGUCGACGAAGACGCAUCCAGUUUUGACGUUUCUAUUGCGAAAGAACGAAAUUUAAUCUAUGCCGAGAGACUUCUUUUCUUUCCUAAUCCAUCCUUUUUCUUUACUUCUUUAUGAUUAUCCUUUCCUUAGUGGACACAGUACUUUUCUUUUUCUCUUUUCGCAAUCUGCCCUACGUUUAUCCUUUUUUCUUUCUUUUUUUUUCUUUUUCUUUUUCUUUUUCUUUUUCUUUUUCUUUCUUUUUCUUUUUAUUGAUAACUCGUCAUUUGUCAGAAUUAAGUGAAUUAAUUCAUAUCAAAUUUGCGGUAAAUAUUGAUCUUGCUUGUAGUUGUUUUAGGUAACGGUAAGUCCUACUUAUAUAUAUUAUAUAUAUAGUUAGAUCAUCAUUAAGAAGAGCAAAGAGAUAUUGCACUUAGCGAUCUUAUUAUUUCUUUUUUUGUUCUUCCUUAAAUGCCUUUCUUUUUAUAUCCAACGUGUAAAUCAGAACAAGUUACGUUUCUGAAUCGCCAUUAUUUUUGAUUACAUAAUACACGAGAUAUUUAUUCUGUUCUUUAUACUUUGCACGAAAGGAACAAGAAAAAUAAUUAUAAUACUGUCGCGUAUUGUGAAAGUGACAUAAGAAUUUAUUUAAUUUAUUCGAUAUAUAUAUAUACAUAUGUACACAUAUAUAUAUAUAUAUAUAUAUAUAUAUAUAGUUGUUAAAUCUUUGUGUCUAUCAUUUAUAGAUUAUAUUUGGAGAGUUUAUUAAAGGUUUUAAUAUAACAAUGAUCUUUAUUGUUUAAUACUUUUAUCUUAUAAUAUUCGAUUUAUUUUGAUGUAUAGACGUAACAAUUAUAUGACAGACAUAUAACUGUCCCACAUUUAUAAUCGUUAGUUAUAUAGAGUACCUGACGCACACGAUAGAACAACGUACUAAUAUCAAAUAGAGAAAAGGCAUUGAGCGUUACGCAAAGAAAAAACUUUCAUACCUUAUAUAUAUAUAUAUAUAUAUAUAUAUA